UCAUAGCAGUGGCGGUGAGGUGAUAAUUAAUGAAUUAUUUUAUACUUAUUGGAAAUGGAUAAUGAGAAGUUGAAACUUUCUGCUUUGGGAAUACAAUGCCUCGCUACUUUUUGCAUUUCGUUCCUGGCAAGUCAGACGGGCUUCAUAUGUGCAUGGCCUUCUUAUACCGUGGAAAAUUUUCAGUCAAACACGACAAUCCUCAAUAGACCCAUGAAUUCUGUAGACAUAUCCCUGCUCGGGGGUCUUCCUAACCUGGGCGGUUUGGUAGUUACGCCAUUUUGUGGUUACCUCUUUAAUACACUGGGGAGGAAAUAUGCAACGAUCAUGUUCGGCCUACCCUAUAUGCUGGCGUGGAUUAUCGUGGCAAUCACAAAGAGCGUGCCAAUGAUCCUUAUUGCUAUGACAAUAGGGGGCAUUGGCAUAGCAGGGCAAAACGUCUCCCUGAUCUUCAUAGCGGAGAUAGCACACGACUCCGUCAGAGGGGGCCUGACUGCCUGCUCAGCUUCUGGGUACUUCCUGGGGAUCCUGAUAUCCUACAUACUAGGUGGAUACUUAAAUUACUACCAGGUCGUAUAUACGCAUUUGAUACUGUCUGUCGUGUGCGUUGCAGCGCUUUUCUUGCUGGAAGAGUCGCCGAUAUACUUAGUGCUGGUUGGAAAGGAAGAGGAAGCCGCAAAAGCGAUAGCGUUUUACAACCAAGUUGAUGUUACAUCAAAAAGAGUCACAAUAGAAAUUAGGAAAAUUAAAAUACAACUCGAUCCGAGAUUAGAGAAGAUACUGGAGAAUGGAAAAGAUGCUGGGCUAUCAGAAGAACUCCUCAAAAUCAAACUGGGUGAUGUAGUUGAGACGCACAAAGAAUCAUCUUGGAAAAUUUUCAAAAAAUCGAAAUCAUCCAAGCGAGCGCUGACUGCUGUCCUGAUAGUUAUUGCUCUCACUGUCAUGAUGGGCGCUGUAGUCCUUCAAGUAUACGCUGAAACAUUAUUCAAAGAAGCAGUACCAUUGAUGUCAUCAAACCUGUGCGCCAUAUUCUUGGCUGUAGAUUUCACUUUGGCCAGCGUGGUGUGCGUGCUAGUCAUCGAUAAGUUUGGAAGAAAGCGUCUCCUAGCUGUCACCUCAGCCCUCUCCGGUGUGUGCACCCUGCUACUAGCCACGCAGUUGCAGCUCCACUGGGCUCCACACUGGUUCACCGUGCUCCUUAUCUACUUGUAUACGUUCAUCUAUACUGUGGGCUGCGCGGUCAUACCGUUCGUACUGGCCGCUGAAGUCUUCCUACCUGAGGUCCGAGGUUUCUGCAACAGCAUUGCCAUGGGUUUCGUGUGGGUAGUUAACUUCAUAACGCUGUUCAUCUUCAACCCCGUGGUGGACAACUACGGUCUGGUUCCCGUCUUCUACUUUUUCUCCGCUGUUUGCUUCUUGGGAACUGUGUACGCGAUACUCAAACUGCCCGAGACUAAAGGUUUAUCUGCUGACGCUAUACAAAGUCUAUUUCUUAAAUAAUAAACCAAGUAAAUAAAUUAAAAAAAAAA